AUGUCAAGGCCAUGUAGCACACGUCUUCCGGUUGGGAAUAAGGAUUUCACAGAAGCGACAGUGGUCAUAAUCGGGGCUGGGAUAUCUGGAAUGUGUAUGGCCAUUGACCUGAUCAAAAGGAAUCAAUGCCGGAACUUCGUCAUCCUCGAGAAGGGUAGUAGUGUUGGAGGGACAUGGAAUGACAACAGAUAUCCAGGAUGUUGCUGUGACGUUUGGAGUACUCUGUACAGCUACUCCUUUGAGCAGAAUCCGAACUGGACGAGACAGUAUCCAGGACAGGAGGAGCUCCAUGCCUAUCUAGUCCGCGUUGCUGAGAAGUAUGGACUUUACAAACACAUUCGAUUCAAUUCGACCGUUGAAGAAGCAAAAUGGAACGAUAUUGAAUGCAAGUGGGAAGUUGGCGUAAAGGUGACAGGACAAAAGGAUAGCGAAUUCUCCGAUUCCUACAUCAUGAACUCCGGAUUCCUGAUCUCGGCGGUCGGUCAGCUUAACGCACCACAAGAGCCCAACAUCGAGGGCUUGAAAGAGUUCCAGGGGAAGAUGAUGCACACCGCUCGAUGGGACUGGAGCUAUGAUCUGAAGAACAAACGGGUAGCAAUUGUUGGCAAUGGUGCAACGGCGGUGCAAAUCGUCCCCGAAAUUGUCACAGAGGUAUCACACCUCACCAUCUUUCAGCGAACCCCAAACUGGAUCAUUCCUCGGCUUGAUGCACCCGUAUCUCCACUUCAGCAAGCUCUAUUAACCUACAUUCCCCCGCUCCGCUGGCGCAAGCGCUCUUUGCAGAUGGACUACCGCGAGAAUUUCCAUGACGCCAUUUUUGACAAUGACUCGGAAUACGCAAAUCGUCUCCGUGGCUGGGGCAAUGAUCUCCGCAAGGCUCAGUUGGCCGAACAUCCAGAGCUAUGGGCCAAAUUGACACCGAACUAUGCGCCAGGCUGCAAGAGAGUGAUAAUAUCCGACGACUACUAUCCCGCCCUUACGCGCGACAAUGUCAGCCUGGAGACGCGACCCAUUACCCGUAUCACGGAACGAGGCAUUGAAGUGGAGGGUGAUGGCGAGCAGGAAUACGACCUUAUCAUAUUGGCGACUGGAUUCAAGACUGUCGAGUUCAUGUAUCCCAUCAAGGUAUGUGGUGCAAACGGGAGACCCCUCGAGGACAUUUGGAAAGACGGUGCCAGGGCCUACAGAGGUGUCACUGUUGAGGACUUGCCAAACUUUGGCAUGUUCUACGGUCCCAACACUAAUCUUGGACACAAUUCCAUCAUCCUUAUGAUUGAGGCCCAAUCCAGGUACCUUAAUUGCCUGGUUGGAGAGGUCAUGCGAGCUAAACAGCAGGGACAAAAGCUAUCCCUUAAGCCAAGUCUUGCAGCGAUGAAAGCAUUCAAUGAUAGGAUUCAAGCUCUACUUCGGGAUAGUAGCUUUGCAGACCCAAAUUGCAACAGCUGGUAUAAACGAGCCGAUGGAAUCAUCACCAAUAACUGGUCCGGAACGGUCGUUGAGUAUCAGGAGGAACUUUCACAAAUUCAAUGGGAAGAUUAUAUUGCUGAUGGAUCCGGAAAGGACCUUGUUGCCAAUAAGCGACCAACAAGUUUGGGAAGAAUCAGGGAGGAGUCGUUUUUCUCCAACAUGUCACUUCUUAUUGGCACUUUUGGCGCACUAGCUGUUUUUGGUGGCUAUCUGGCUGUCCGUCCUAAGCUGUCGAGGUCUAGGUGA